AUGGCAGCACAGGGAAAGAAGCUCCUGUGGCAUGUUUUGCUUCUCUUUUCGUAUUCAAUUCUAGUCCUGGGCAAGAAUGUUGCCCCGCGAGCAGUCAAGAAGGAUGCCCUGCAGUACGGCCCCAGAAACUUCCCCGGAAACAAGGCGCCAUCGUUGAAGGUUACCCGCGGUUCAAAAUCAUGGACCGAGAAAGACUCCUCUCAGCAGAAGUCGAACAUAGCAGGCGUGCCCAAGGACCACGUCUUCUACGAAAACUAUCAAAUCAACAGCUCCUGGUCGGACCCGAAGCUCCAGGCAGCACUUGGUAUCCCUAAAUCACUUCGAUCACGAGAUGAGCACCUAGUAAAGCGAACUCCAGGCAGCAAACCUGGUGAUCCAAUCUUCAAGCUGCCCAGUUGUGUGGGAUGCAUGAAAGCAGCAGCUGGCACUGAGAAAGUGACCUUGCAAACUCUCAGUACCGACUAUUUGCAACGGAAUAUGAAGCCGAAUCUCAAUCUCCAGGACACCUGCCUCUUCUACACGUCGGUUCCAGACCCGACCAAGACACUAAACCCAAGAGACUUCGAGGAGUGGACCGAUCGCUACGCACUUGGUGGUCAGGAACAGCAUGGUGGUCUCUCUAAGAUAGCAACCGACUACGCUUGCGGGAGCAACAAGAUCACGAUUUGGAACAUGUACAGCGGCGCGAAUGACGUGACGAAUGCACCUGAGAGGCCCUUCUCUCGCAACUUCUGGGAAGUCUAUGUCGAAGGCAGCUGGCUCAACUUUCUCCAAAAGAACGACGAGCAAUUCGAGUACUUCGAAAACAUGUCUCGCGCCAUGGCAAGAGUCUGCAAGGGCACUGUGUAUGUUAUGAGUAUGCGUCCGAAGCAGAUGUACAAGUAUGGGUUCAUCUGGGGUACGGUAGAAUAUGUCGAAUUGCACGCUCGCCACACCGCAGGUCUUAAUGGCGCCCCUACCAAGUUGAUCGCAAUCGACGCUGCCAACCAUAACAACCAGUACUACUUGGAUUGGGACACACAGUUGGUCACUGGUCAGGUCACUAAACGUGACCCCGAAUUUCUGCACUUUGACCAUUCCAUUACUAAGAGAGACACUUGCGACAGUAAUGUGGCCUACGAGCCUCCGAAUGAAGACUGGUUUGGCUGA